AUGUAUAAUACAAUGAAUAGUCCAGUUCCGGGUUAUUCUCAACUCAAUCCAUAUCAAUAUUCAGCUCCUACUCCAUCCUAUAAAAGUGGAGGACGUGCAGGUGGUGGUGGCGGCGGUGGUGGUAAUGGCGCAAUAUUAGCAAUAGUCGGUGUUGUUGCUGCUGGUAUUCUUGCUGGUAUGGCCUUGGGAUUAGGCCUCGGUAUUGGCGCUGCUGGUAUUGUUAGUCAUACAAAUUUAACGGUUGUUACUAAUACAACAACUAUUGCUAAGGCGAAUAAUACAGAUAAUCUUUAUAUGUCUCAUUAUAUGUAUUUUCUUUGUUUUAUUUUCUUUUUAUUUAAUAUAUAA